AUGCCGGCUCUUUCUUGGUGCGGCAGAAAGUGGCGCACGUCGACAGACGAUUUUACCUUUUCCGGUUUCUUCUACUUCGUUUUUUUCUUAGCGAAUGCGACACUUGCUCUUAGUCGUUUUCGUUUUGGUGAAGAUGCACUUGUGCCUGGGUGUCCGGAUGCCUCUCGUACAUUUCAGUGGGUUUUUUUAGCGCUGGGUGUAACGGAUCUGGUUGGCGCGGUGGCGUUUCUUGUGACCGCGUGGCUAAGCCUUCAGGGGGCUCCAUUUCAGGUGUCUAAGCGGCGCUACGUCUCCUUUUUGCUCUUUCUGACGUCCUUUACCAUACUGGUAAUGCUGGCACUCUCAGCCGUUGUGACAAAGUACGCAGUAUAUGACAAGGAGGGUCGACAUUGCACAUCUCCCACACGUCAUUUCUUGUAUGUCGUUAUUGUUUUUAAUUUUCUUCUUCCCGUUGUUUACAUUAUUACGUUUGCGUUUGUAUUUGACCCUGAAGGGCGUCACGUAUGGAGGGACUCCGUUGAAUAUGAGUCUCUAUGGUACAAGCGUUGCCGUUUACUUUGUUGUUGCUGUCUAUAUACGAAUCGAAACAAAGAUGCCUUUGAGGAAAUUUCGAAAACGGUUGCUGGUUUGUUUUGCGGCUACGAUUUAGUGCCAAGUGAUGUCGCUGCAGGUCUGCUUCUUGUGCAUAAAAGGCAGAAGCGUGAAAGUCGCCUUAGAGGAAUACAUGUGCGAUACCCAUCUGCUGAAGAUGAAAGAAAUGAACGCAUUUCUUUACAAGCGCGAAGAUUUUCCCUAUUGACCCCUCAACAACGGAAUUAUCUCGCUGAUAUUCGAAUUUAUAGUGUUUUUUACUUGUCGGCAUAUGGUUGGCCUUUGUAUCAGUAUAUGCAUUGUUGUACGGGGUUGAUUAGGCUUUGUUGUUUUGAUCCAUUGAUGUGUUGUCGAGAGCAUCCAGGUUCCCAUAGAGGAACCAAAUGCUACUGUGAUUUGACCGCACUACUUGCGAUCACACGUAUCCACGAGGAGGAUGUCAUUCUUACAAGGUGGGGGAAUAGUCCUUUCCGCCCUGUGUUUUUUGUUGUCAUUGACCAAUCUACAGAUGCAGUUGUUGUGACCAUCCGAGGAACCAUGUCUUUUGCGGACUGCAUCACGGAUAUGGUGGUAAACCCUGUUUUACUAGAGGUGCCAGAUGCAGAGCGAGAGGCCAACACAACUCCUGCAGAUUACUAUGUUCAUGGAGGAAUGCAGCGAGGCGCCUUAUACGUGUUGCAGGAGUUACGUGAAUCUGGUGUACUUGACCGUAUUCUCCACGAAGAUUUCAAGAAACUCAAUGUUGUUGUGCUGGGUCAUUCCCUUGGCGCGGGGGUUGCUUCUAUUUUAAGUAUAAUGCUUUGGUCUACAGAACCAACUCUGCGCGGUCGAUUGCGGUGUAUUGCGUAUGCCCCACCUGGCGGGUUAUUGUCACCUGCAUUGGUUGCGUACAGCGAACGCUUCAUUGUGGGUUGUCUUGUUGGAAACGACAUCGUUCCACGCUUGGCCACUCAUACGCUCGCUGAUCUUAGGGAAUCUAUAUUGGAUGAACUCAUGAAUACCUCAAGAUCCAAGUUUUCUCUUUUCAUGAACUGUUUAAGUUCGGAUAGAGAGAUAGAAUCACUGUCAUCAUCUGUAAGUUUUUCUUCAGAGAGGUUUAAUCUUCGUGCCAAGUUUCGCAACAGUCCUUGUACGCCACUUAUGGAAUCGAAAAAGUUAUAUCCACCUGCUACACUUGUACACUACUGUAAGGCGGUAGUAAGAGAACCUCAAUAUUGCUGCUGUUCUGGUAAUCGAUCUUGUUCUUGUCGUCAUGAGGAAGUGUUUGUGCCUGUAUUUGCGUCUCCAAAAGAUAUGCAAUAUGUAGUGUGUUCCGCCUCAAUGCUUAAGGAUCAUCUUCCAGAUCGUCUCUUUGAUGUCAUUGAAAAAGCAGACGCAAGACUAAAUAAUGGCGAGCUUGAUCGUUUUUUUUCGGAGACAGAAGAUGUGGGAGGGAACUGGGGCGACUACGGGGGAAUAGCCUGCGAAUAA